GGUAUUUACCUCGCCGAGCCUGAGCAGAGGCGGGAAAUGGCGCCUGUUAACAGCGGUGUGUCAUUUCAGAGACAGCUAUUGAGUAGAUUAGAAAUCUAGCCCAACAACACGAAAAACAGCCGUCUCUGCUGUAAUGGCUCUUUGAUCGUGAACGGUUAUUUCGAACAACAGAGGGACAACGUACACCUUACAUGUGACUGCUACAACGAUGAGGCUGAGAAUGCGUAAGGCGUCUCAGCAGCCUAUCCCCAGUCUGCCAACUCGCCCGUCAAGAGCCAAGCGACGGCAUUCCGAAGUAGAAGAGGACACGCCUACCAGUGGUGGGAGGGGCUUGUUCUCAACGAUCAAAAAGUUUAUCAGAGGAAAUACUGUUAAGGUGACCCCAGCCAAGAAGGCGCGUCUACACUGUGAUGUGGACAACAAUCUGAUCACCUCAACUCCAGACUCCAAUACUGCCCAUAGGGUUGGCAGAAAAGGCUCCGUCAAUGGAUUGGCAACCAAUCAUGACAGGAGUAAGGAAAAACCCAAUGGCAGUCUGGAGGAGACAACAACUGAAGAGGUGACCACAAGCCCUCCUAGGACAACACUUCUUGGGACCAUUUUCUCUCCUGUUUUCAACUUCUUCUCACCAGCCAAAACUGCUUCAUCUGGAUCGGACUCUCCAGACCAGGCUUUGGAGGCUGAACAAAUAGUCAAGCAGCUGGAAAUUGAACAAACUGUCGAAACGCCUGCCAGCAAAUCCACAUCUACACAGGAACUAUGUCCCACCACUAACUUCUACUCAAGUGUAUCCCAGCUACCGUCUUUGCGUCCUCCUCACAUCCCUGAUGGGUACACCACAGCAGAACAUCGAGAGAGUGAUGAUCUUCCACCGCUCACUGCUCCAGGCUCCAGUCCAGAUAUGGCAUACAUGAACCCUCCUCACACUGCAGUGCAUCCAGAAACAUCUUAUGAAGAAGAUUGGGAAGUCUUUGACCCGUAUUUCUUCAUCAAGCAUGUCCCUCCAUUAACAGAAGAGCAGCUCACUCGGAAACCAGCCCUUCCACUGAAGACUCGUAGCACACCGGAAUUCUCUCUGGUCCUUGAUCUGGAUGAAACGCUGGUUCACUGCAGUUUAAAUGAGCUGGAGGAUGCUGCCCUUACCUUCCCUGUUCUCUUUCAGGAUGUGAUUUACCAGGUGUAUGUGCGCUUGAGACCAUUUUUUAGAGAAUUUUUGGAACGCAUGUCUCAAAUCUAUGAGAUCAUCCUUUUUACAGCUUCUAAAAAGGUGUAUGCAGACAAACUCCUCAACAUCUUGGACCCUAAGAAGCAGUUAGUGAGACACAGGUUGUUUCGGGAGCAUUGCGUCUGUGUCCAGGGAAACUACAUCAAGGAUCUCAACAUUCUUGGCAGAGAUCUCUCAAAGACCAUCAUCAUUGACAAUUCACCACAAGCCUUUGCAUACCAGUUGUCCAAUGGAAUUCCCAUUGAGAGCUGGUUCAUGGAUAGGAAUGACAAUGAGCUGCUGAAGUUGGUACCCUUCCUUGAGAAGCUGGUUGAGAUGGAUGAGGAUGUGCGGCCACAUGUUCGGGAGAGAUUUCGUCUUCACGACAUGUUACCUCCUGAUUGAACUCGUGUCUCAGAUGGGCUUUGCAAGGAAGGACUGAAAACCGUGUUUGUAAAAAGCCGCUUCAAUCAUUAUCAUUGCAUCAUUUUUCUUUUCAUUUUUUUAAAACUCUGUUGCUUAAAAAACACUAUCGGUUCAAAAGAGACAGUUUUUAAAGAACUGGUUGACAUUUUCUAAAAUGUACGCGUGUAUAGAAACACUUGGAAGUCUGGGUCAGUCCUCUUUUUGUUGGACUUGCCAGCUGUGGAGCAGGCUGUUGUCUCCACACUAAACCAAGGUUUUGGUGCUUUCUUUGUGGCUCUUAUACAGUACACCAACCGAUAAGAGGAACUCUAAAACCUGAGGUGUCGAACCUAAACACACCCCCUGGUGCUCAAGCUGUUGACACUCCAGUCUCCACAGGACAGACUGGCCUGUAAAAUCAAUCUUCAUUUGUGUUUACUCUUUGCCACACUCAACUCUGUAAGUUAGUGAUCGGCAAACUUUGUAGCCUGUUAAUCGUAUGCAUUCCGCUGUUGGUGGAUCAAGGUUGUUCCUUUUGUUUUAGUAAACCGAUGUUUGUUGUUUUAAAUGAGUGUUUUACCUUUGAAGUGUUUUAAAAGGGGUUGUGGAAAUGUUAACAGUUAACUGGUCAAAUCUAUUUUAGGAAGCGUAAAUCACAGGUUUGACUCACUAGGACACAGCACAACUCUUAAAAUACAUCCUUUGUAGACCUUACAGUUUGAGGGCAUUCAUUUUUGAAAUAUGUGUCAAUGCUGCCGUAUUUGAUUUGUCAAUCAGUAUUGUCUUUAACUCUUGAUCCAGUAUUCUGUCUUAAUCACAGCCCUGUGUCUUUGUGGUGUGAUGAUUAUCAAUAGCAUAAUGACAAUGUAGCACGGCCGGGGCCUCCUGGAACCUGGUCACAACCUCAGCCAGCCACAAAUGGCACCAGCAACAUACUUUGCUCCCAGGCAGCCUCACUCACUACCCCGUAUGCCUGUACGAGAACACUUUCAUCAGUGAGAGAGGACAGUCGUGCAAGUUAGAUGUAAUUGAUGCACUCGGCAAGCUACAUACAGUAUGUUGGCUUGCCCCAUCUGCUUACGAUAGUCUCAUGAUAACUGGCUAAUGUUUUGAUUUCAUUUAAAUCAAAGCACAUUAUUUUGCUGGCACAAAUGUCACUAUUGCUCUGUGUUACUCAUUGUGCCAUAUUAUUCAUUUUGCAGCUUGUAGCAUUCUUCUGCAUGCCCCCCUCUUAAAGGUUCGAGAAAGACAAUCAGGCCCCAGAAUUCUGCAGAGUAUCACUCAUGGCUGCAUAUUUUUUUGCAGAUCAUUUGAGUACUUUCUUAAAUGUGUGACCAUUGUGCUAGAUUUUAAAUUUGUCAGAUGAUUUCUGCUCUGAUUGUUCUAACCCAACGAAUCCCUACUGUUGAGAUUGGUAAUUAUCAGCUGUAGUUGCCAUCUGUCAUAGGGACCUGUCCCUGUUUUUGCCUUUUGCAUCAAAACUUGGUCACGCUCCAGAAAAUAGAUUGAGCUUUUAUAUCUCGUACAACUGUUGCAGGGCAUAAUAACAAUUACUUGUACUGUCAAGUGCACGUGCCCAAAUGAUGAAUGUAAAAUUGUUGAUGGCUUAUCUUCCUCUAAAUCUAGAACAAAUAGCAGCCGGACGCUUCGGAAAUAGAUGUGUAUGAUCGAACAUUGUUUAUUUGAGGAAAAAAAAAAAAAAAAAAGAUUCUUCUUGGGAUUCCACAAUGCUGCGCAUAUCUC